GCCAGCUUUAUUUGGUUAUUGGAAGAGAUUUAGAAACAAAAUUGAAAAGCAAGAGAAGGAAUGAUGUCUGUUUGUGUUCUCUUUACUCCUCUUUGCAGAGAAUACACUAGCAGUCUGUCUCCCUUCAACUGUAUUCUCCAUUGUUGGUAAGUUCUUAGAGAAAGUGGGUUUAAGCUUAAUUUACGUCUACCGCCACUGACCAUUUCUUCAACUAUUAUCCUUGUAUUGGAAUAGAUACUGUUUGAUGGAUUGUGCUGUUUUGUUGCACAGUUACCUCACAUUAUUCUUGCUGAGUUUUGGGCUGUUUUAUUCUUUUUCUGGGUCUGUAUUUACACAUACGGCCAUUGCUUUUUGAUGGGUUUGUAUGCUUAGUUUUUCCAGCUAAAGUUUUCUGUCAUUUUGGGAUGACCUUCUUCUGUGAAAGUCUUGCUCUGGAAGAUGGGUUUCUGAUUUUUAGCCCUCUAACAGCACAAAAUUACAUAUCUUGCCAGUCUACUGCCAGUGAACAGCUAUUGAAGGCUUGAAUUCUUUCUUCAUUUUGGGUUCUAGAGAUUCCCCUCGCAGUAAUGGCGCUGAAAAGUGUUAUGAUUGUUCACGCUCAUAGAACUGUCAAAUUACAUCUGUUGUCAUUCUUGUUCCUGCUAUUUCUGUGCUCAUGCCCUUCUCAGUGUGUUGACAUAGACCCGGAAGAUAAGGCGUCGCUUUUGCUGUUCGAUUCUUGGGUUGAAGACCCAAAACAGAACUUGUCAACCUGGGUUGCUUCCAACUGCACCAACUGGACCGGAAUCGCAUGUGAAAGUCAGACGGGUCGGGUUGUAUCGAUCAACCUGUCCUUCAUGAAUUUGUCAGGCCAAAUCCCGUCUUGUUUUGGUUGGUUGCAAAAUCUCAAUACCCUUGAUCUCGGUCACAACAGGUUUGGUGGUGCUUUACCUGCCACAUUCAUGAGGCUUACGCAAUUGAGAGAACUAGUUUUGAAUAGUAAUCAAGAUUUGGGAGGUCUUUUUCCUUGGUGGGUUGGUAAUUUCUCAACCAAUUUGGAGAAACUUGACUUGGGUUUCAAUUCUUUCAGUGGGGAAGUUCCUGAGAGCUUGUUGCACUUGAAUUCUCUUAAGUAUUUGGAUCUUGGGAACAAUUACUUAUCCGGUGAUCUUCCCGACUUUUAUCAGCCUCUAGUUUAUCUUAAUCUCGGGUCUAAUUCGUUUUCGGGUACUUUGCCUUGUUUUUCUGCUUCCAUUCACUCUAUCAAUGUUCUAAAUUUGGCUAAUAAUUCCAUUGUCGGUGGCAUUCCUACAUGUAUUGACUCACUGCAAGAACUCACACAUCUGAAUUUAUCAUUCAAUCACCUGAAUUAUGGGAUAUCUCCAAGACUUGUGUUCUCAGAGAAGCUUCUUGUGUUGGACUUGAGUUCCAAUGAUUUAUCAGGACCACUUCCAAGUAAAAUUGCGAAGAUGACAGAGACAUCAGGGCUUGUGUUCCUCGACCUCUCACGCAAUCAGUUUUCUGGUAAUAUCCCAUUGAUGAUUACGGAACUGAAAAGCUUGCAAGCACUGUUUCUUUCUCACAAUCUUGUUUCUGGGGAAAUUCCUGCAAGGAUUGGAAAUUUGACUUACCUCCAAGUGAUAGACCUUUCGUACAACUCGUUAUCUGGCUCAAUCCCGUUGAACAUUGUUGGGUGUUUUCAGCUACUUGCAUUGAUACUCAAUAAUAAUAAUCUCUCUGGUGAGAUUCAACCUGAGCUUGAUGCGUUGGAUAGCCUGAGGAUACUGGAUAUAAGCAACAACAGGAUUUCUGGGGAGAUUCCUCUAACUUUGGCAGGCUGUAAAUCUCUUGAGGUUGUAGAUUUCAGUUCCAACAAUCUCUCUGGAUCUUUAAAUGAUGCAAUAACCAAAUGGUCAAACCUUAGGUACCUCUCUCUGGCUCGGAACAAGUUCUAUGGAGAUCUACCAAGUUGGCUGUUCACAUUUCAGGCAAUACAAAUGAUGGAUCUUUCAUGCAACAGAUUCUCUGGCUUCAUACCAGAUGGUAACUUUAAUGCCAGCUUGAAUUUUAAUGAGGAAGACAUUGGCAGAAGAAUUUCUCGGGAGCCAACUGUUGCAUUGCAUGAUAUGGAGAUCAGAAUUUCCAUGGUGGUUGUUCAUAGCAAUGAAGUGAGCUUCAAGUAUGUUGUGUCUUCAGCUGUUGGAAUUGACCUAUCUGAUAAUUUACUCCAUGGACAGAUUCCUGAAGGUUUAUUUGGUCUACAUGGUUUAGAGUUCCUAAACUUAUCAUUCAAUUUCUUUGAUGGCAAGGUUCCAGGCUUGCUGAAGAUGUGGAAUUUAAGAGCCUUGGAUUUGUCUCAUAAUUCUUUGUCAGGUCAAAUUCCGGCUAACAUCUCGAGUCUUCAGGCGCUGACGCUGUUAAAUUUGUCAUAUAACAGUUUCUCAGGAUUUGUUCCCAACAAACAGGGGUUACGUAGGUUUCCAGGAGCGUUUGCAGGAAACCCAGAUCUUUGCAUGGAGUCCUCUGGUGAAGGGUGUAAAAGGUCAGGCGUUCCGCUGGUGCCUGGGAAAACUUUUGGAGAAGAAAUGGUGGACGGACCAAUCUCCAUCUGGGUUUUCCUUUUAAGUGCCUUUGUCAGUUUCUAUCUUGGUCUUGGUGCUAUCUUUUGUUCAGCUCGAGCAAGGAAUUAUAUCCUUCAAACUAAAGUGUCUCGCUGCCAAUGAGAAUGGUUCUUAAUGUUUAUUACUGAUGUUAAACAAAACAGCUUUGAAUUUGAGAAUGUUGCAUGAAGAUGAUAAAAGUUUCGAUAUUUUUAGCUGCAGGGGAGUAGAUGUGCUGUGCUUUCGAA